GAGCGAGCAAGGCAGCAGGCAGCGCCAAGGCCGGCGGCCGCCCGAUCCCGAGGCAGCCCUUCCGGCGAGCCCAGGGCACGAGCCCCCCGGCCCAGCUGCAACACGGCGGCGGAUGGCAGCGCGCCCCAGGCGCAUCGCGUCACCCGCAUGGAUUACCUGGGCCGCAGCUUCGCUUUUCGCGACGUUUACUUGCGUCCUGGCCGAAGAAGAGUGCCUGAACUCGCGCAUCCAGUGCUACGACUGCAACUCGGAACAGGAGCCCCGCUGCCGGGACCCGUUCAACCACAGCGAGGAGAACCUGCCCACGCUGAGGGAGUGCCAGGGAUGCUGCGUCAAGAUCGUCAAGAGGCACGGAAAGCACGACCAGGAGGUGCGGCGGACGUGCACCGAGCGGCUGCAGAUCAACAUGUUUCUAGUGGACCACGUGUGCAUGUACGAAUCCGGCGGCGGCGGCCACAUGUGUUUCUGUGAGAGUGACGCCUGCAACUCGGCCCCGACGCCCACGAACAACGCGGCUUCCUCACUCGUCCUGCCGCUGUUGCUGACGCUGCUGCUGGUGACCGUGCAGCGGCUGAUGGUGUCCGCCGCGCCUCCGCACUUGGUCUCACCUUCCACGUCGACCUCGGCCGAGGCCGGUGCGUGGCUGAGGACUUCCUAGGCCUCGCUGUGUCGACUGGUCCUCGCGCCACGAGGUUAUAACCGGCCACAACCGCCACCAGCGCACCAGCGCGGCGUCGAGUAUGAGAUUGAGUGACAGAAGGGGGCUUGCACCGUCCACUACGUCGUAGACGCCUGGGACAGCCUCUCGCCAGUGUGCGCGCAAGCUUUAGGCAUGCGCCGACUUGAGGGCUGGCACGGUGAAGCUUCGGGGCCACGGUCUGCAGGUUCAGCGCGGCCUUGGUGUGUGCCAUCUGAGCAGCAGUCGCUGCGGCCGCGUUCGCAGACACGACGGCAGCCACUUCGAGCCGACUACGUCCAGUCAGAUAUGCGUUCCGACGACAAGUGUAGAUGUCGUUCUAACUUAUCCAAUGCGAGCUGUUUUCGUCGAGAGUGUUGGCGCGGCGAGGUAGCCGAUCAAUCUCGCGAGCGUUGUAAUCCUUCUUCUAGUCUUACUUUUCGCUCGGAAAUGUCUGGUCCAGAUGAGAUUUGCUGGCUGAAACUUUGCUAUACCUUGAAGAGCGUAACGGUGUUUUCCCACGUCGAGUGCUCUUUGAGAGGGCCGCGCAAAAUUAAAAAAAAAAGAGAAAGUUUCGUGUUGUUCGUAGCUGCAAAGUACGAGAAAAUGAUUAGCGAGUUUUGGCACUUAGAAAAAAAAAAAAAAGCCCAGUGGUUUGUAUGCGUCACCAGAAGUAAAUGCGUAGAGCAAUGAGAGAAGUAUUUGCAAGCAUCUCCGCAGAAACCUCGAAAAGGCACCGCUGUCGUUCUCUCGGGCAUUACAUUGUGGGUUCACAAAAAGAAAACGAAAGAAAGAUGGCGCUGCCAUAUUUAUCAAACAGUGACAUUACCUUCCGCGUCGUGUCUGCGGAGGUCAUGCGAGAAAGUCUAAGCGUGAUACACCGUUACGCCCUUUUACAUUUCGAUGUUUCUUCGGGGUGCAACAAAGGUGACUGUUCUUGCAGACGAUUUUCUGUUUUAACGACUAUGAUAAGUAGAGAGCGAUUUAAGGCUUGUUUCUGAAUUGGUGUACAUCCUGGGUGCACCGCUCCAGCCAGUAACGGAAUGAUUUCAAAGUCUUCCCCAAAUUUACAUUACAUGUUAUGACAGAAUAGACUCACGAUUGGCCUUGAUACGUAUAAUUAAUUCCUUUGUUUUUCUGUCACAUGAUCGUUGGAAGCGUCGCCGAUAUAGGAUGGCUAUAGGAUGCGAAUGAUAGUCGCUGCUCUGGCGAGAGCUCCGUUCGAUAAUGUACGAGAACGUACACAAAAAGAACGUUUCUUUGAAGUAGCCGGAUAUCUCGAAAAGGCAUCAUAGAUGUAUUAAUCGCGUACCAUCGCUCCGGCUGCCUCCAUUAGUACCACCAAUUGUCAAAGAAAAACACGUGAGGAUAAAGUUUAAAUGCAGCUGUCAUGUAUUCACGCGGACUAGUUAAUCAACAAUGUUAUUUAUCUCUGGACAGUCAUCCUAAACUUAUCUUUCGGUAUUUGCGUUUAUGAAUCUCCGGAAUAGCUGUUAAUUUAGCAAGACUUAUUCUGCUACCAAAAAAAAAAAAGCCCAAAAACACCAGUCGUAUUACAUUACGUCAGUCACUUGCAGUCAUGACAGGAUACAAAAUGUUUUUUUUCUUUCUUUUAUAUAGAAGUAAGCUCGUGGUUACUGCUGAAACAAGCUGUACCACCCUAGGCAAAUACGUUGCCAGCGCCGUUAAAACAUGCUCUCAAAUUUCAAGAUACCUUCUUGCUCUAAGCUUCGAAUAGAGAAACAGACCGCUAUUCCCAAGUCUCUCUACUGGUGCAUGUUAUAGACCUUAUAAACGUCAUACCCUGCUAUAGUUGGGACUUUCAACUAACUUGAAAAUGUAGUGUUAUAACCAAGAGGUUAUAUUUGGCUAUACCCGGAAAUGGGGGCCUCGUUGUACAUGUUAGCCCAGAUCGCGCGGCUUAUUCAUUCCAAGAAAUGCCACCAGGGCGCGCCACAAAAGAAAUCUAUACUUCCGAUAUAGCUAUUAUAGAUGAGGUUACGACGGAUUCUGAAGGUUAGGCUAUUUAAACGCAAGCCAACUCACUGAUACACUAUACCGCUACCUCGCCCUGAUACUCAGUGUGUUGUUCUCAUCUGGUCCCCGCCUUUCGCUAUACCGUCGCGCGAGGCGCCACCGUGAGAUGGGAUUCACGCAAAAUGAAUUUGUUUUGAUGAUGUUUUCACCAACGAGUACGUCCAUAUUUAUCCUCGAAGGGAUGGUUUGAAUAUCUGACCCAGACACACCAGUUAAGUGGACCGGCUGCUCUCGGUCGUCAUCGUAAUUGGCCUCGUCGGCUUUCUAUUCCUUUUGUGGGUUCUUCGCGUUUCGCGGCAUAGCCUGUUUGGUCAGCCAGUCGAUACCGAAGUGUGGCCACUCCUUUACAGCAAAUACAGAACGAGGCUCAAUGUCUUGCCAGAGGACUGCUGCCGAGGUAGAAUGUGUAUGGAGCGCUGUCUGACCAUUAGCGAUGAUGGCCCUUCUAGUACGUUCAGCAGUACAUUGAAGGAACGUCCAUGGAAGGUAACAAAAAGUCAUCAGACAAUUGUUACAAAGUAAACACAGGCCAAGCGCCCCUACACCAUCUUAACCUGUUUGUGAGAACUGCCGGUGAUAGAACACAACUCAAGCAAAACUUUUCAUUGGGAUUCUUCGUGUAAUACCACGCAAUCACGCAAGAAAAAAAAAACUACCUUUACGAAAACCUUGUUGGUACUAUGCUAAACUUUCCUAGCACUCCUUUUAUUCUAUCUAUAUUCAUUCUGGGCCGUUGUAAUACAUGGAGGAGUGGCAAAACAAAAAUAACUCUAGCAAAGUGGUGCAGUUAAAUAAAUUCGUUUAUAAGGACCUCAUUUGAAUGCGUUAGCAUCGCCGAUGGAAACGUUGGAAUCGGGGAAGUGGUUCCGGUCCGUGCUUGUUGUGGGAAUUUCGUUCUAGGACUCAAUGGACUAUCGUCCGUGAAUCACCUGAAGCUUGACGUCAAGGCUUCGCGAGGUUAGAACGAACUCAUUCGGCAUAAAUGACACUUGCAUUGCUUAGCGCGACGACAGCGUUUGGCGGUCCAGUAUUACUUGUGGAGCGUGUAGGUGAUGAGUUGACUGCGCCCAAGUUGCGUCGGUCGUGUAUGUUGCUUGUCUAUAAAUGCCCGUUAUUUUCCAAGGGAUCGUGAAGGCCUCGACAUAUAUAGAGUGUGGUUCAUGAAGGCGAUGCCGUUCGAUAUGUCGACUGCUCACUUCGCGUUCACCGCAAUCUCGAUUAUUCCACGUCGUGUGCUAUAUAUAUAAAAAAAAGGAAAUGAGGUUGUUAGGAAGCGGCAAUUAUACUCGCAAUAGUUUCUCUGGCUCCAUCAACGAGCAGAAUUCAUAUCGCGUGAGGCGAUUUGUGCGACUGCAGUACUUCUUAUACGUCGCAUCGUUGGGCACUUCAGCAACAGCAAGGAUCCCAGGUUCGGCAGUAUGCCACCAGAAACAACGUUAUCGCGUUAUUCGUUACCUCUUGCGAGACAUCGAGGCGGUUUUCGAGCGCACCGGUAUGGUUCUCAUGUGUAAACAUAAAUAGUGCGUUCACGGAGGUAGCUACCGUAAAGCCGCCUAUACCCUAGUUUUAUCGUGUAACUUUUUUUUUCUUGAAGUUUUGCCGCACUAAUUGUUACUAGACAUUGGUGUUCUGACCAUUCUUUAGCAGAAGGUUUAGUAGCAUAUGCGCCUGGAUAUACUUUACUAUUUACGCUCAACUUCUUUAUUAUUGCGCUCUUGCAUCAAAUACUCGAAGCUGUACGGGUGCUGGGCCUCAUAAAAGCUUGCUACGCGUAUGUCUAACUGCCUCCCCCGAAAGACAGGCUUGUACAAAAGGAUAGGCAUCGUUAGAAAGUUAUAAGAUAUAAAGUAGUAUAGGAAAUUGCUCAGGAUAGAAAAGCUUGGUGCUCCUUUUGAAUGGCAUUCUGAUGCGAGUGAGGAAAUGCUUGUGAUAGCAAAAGUUUUACCCAGAGUCGAAGGGGUUUAUAGAUUUCAUCUGUGGUUGUGUAAUAUGAUAGCGCGAGACCCAUUCGAGUAGCCAAUUGAAAGGCGAACCCGUGGCUUUCGCCCCUUCAAACAAAUAAGCGCGCACGGAGACUUGACACGUGGGCUUGGCACAGCUUGAUGAGGUGACAACUUGGUGUUAACGAAGUAACAUUCCGCUCACGCUAUAGGAAAUGUUAUCGUACUCCAGUUUAUGUCUAGUAAGAAUAUUUGCGGAGAGAAAUUUUAUAUCCUGCUUUGGUGUCACAACACAUUUAUAGUUCGUGCGCUCAGAGCGCACUGUUUUGCCUUUUAGAUGUGAAGGAAAUUUCAAAGCUUACAUACGCUCACAAAAGAAGAAAGAAAAUGAAAAAAAAAAAAAACCCUGCUCAGACGGCUCAUUUGCGUGAUUCUUUAAACGCAAAAUGGUUUGGCCGCACGAACUUAGUGAAUAUGCAGUCAUGACGGCGCACAUUACGUCAGCAAUUAGACGAAUUAUCUACUUUUCCACGCUACGCUCACUAUUCCAGCGUAACACUCAUGCUACCACUUCACGUAUUUUGAAACGCAUGCUAAGCACUCAUCUCUUGAAGAUUUCAAGGUUCUUGACAGGCCGACAUAGCGAAGGUGGAAAGCAUUUUAUCUGUAGGAAAGCAGUGUUACUUUGCGACCAAAUACAUAUCAGAGCAGCUCGUUCAGGACAACAAAAUAAGUCCGAAGAGAACCACAUACCGAGGUUCGAGUCGCCUAAGAAAUGAUUACGGCCGGAGUUCACGAGCCACUGUCGUUUACAGUGAUAUGCAAGAGAUUAAAAGGCAUUCUUUCGCAACAGCUAUGCGAUAAGGCAUAGUCAUAUAUCUCACCGUUUGAAAUGUCUGGUGAAAAUGCAAGCUACGGAAUGACUAUAUUCCAGUGUCUUAUGCAAAAAUCAAUAUGGACGCCCGAACUGCCCAUUAAUUUCGCGCAAUACGCUGACUUUUGAUGCCUCAACGAUUAUCGCAUUCUGUACAGCCCGUGUCCUUUUGCAUUCGAUCAGAACCAUGCGGAAAACAGAAGAGUUUGCCUUGUAUUUACUGCUGGAAAUUUAAGGAUCUAACAUCAACAUUGACGACUUCAUCAGUGUCGAUGACAAAAAAAAAAAAGAAAAGAAAAGUGGGGGACUUCGCUAGACGUACGGAGCAUUUCCGCACGAGGCCUUCGAUGCUAUGUUAAAAAGAAACGCGUUGUCGACUCAAGAGGUCAAAUGUCGUGGCAGACGGUAAAGAUUACCGCAAAAGAAAAGAAGAAACAAAACACAGUGGUGUUGGCAUUGUUUCGCUGGAAAGAAGCCACUGGUAGCAAAGUCUGUCGACAGGAGCCUCUUGUGUCAUUCUUUACAUGCAAGGUAUCUUCUUACUUUUAAGAACGACUGCGCCCUUAAUUAUUUAAAUGAUGGUCUCGCUGUGUGGAAGUUGCGAAAAUAGCAGACGUGUCGGCAUAAAUGCUAUCAGCACUCUUGCACUCUGUGAAAUGACUAUGACAAAUGAAACAUAAUAUUUCUGUGACGCCAAAUGUCGGAGGCUAUUACCUUCAGAAGCAAUAAGAAAAAGGCGAAAACGUGUGGUUCACGUGUCAACACAGCCUGGUGACUGCAGUAGAUGCAGAAUCUGUUCGAGAAGUCGCAUUCGCGUUGGACGCUAUAUCUCUUGCAGACAAAUAGAAUGGUAUAAGCUUCUUAACCCCGAAGCGCGAAUACAUUGCAUCCAUCUUUUUUUCGUACAAAAAGAAGAAGCAAAACAAACUCUCACAAUUAACGUCUUAACGCGAUGCCACCUAAUCGAGCAUUCGUGUUCGCGCCCGACGAUAUAGUUCGCUUGCGAAUAAAACGGCGGACCGAUUCCCACGCAUUGGCACUCGUAUGCUGCAGUGCUAUCCUGGACAUUGUUGAAUUCCGCCAUGUUUGUCGAAUUCGCCAUCUUGUCAGCUCUGAUUGGCCCAAAGGGCUGCUACGGCCUCUCUGAUUGGCUCAAAAUGCCGACAUUGCAGAAUUUGACAUUGCGGCGGUAUUUUAGUGUGCAGAAAGCACCCUGGAUUGCACGUAGUUUUUCCAUCAGCGACAGUGGUAUCAAAUCAGCGACGCAUGCUGUAUAUAUGCACACAAAAGCCUCUUAGCCAACACGGUUACCAGCCGGCAUGCCAGCGGCGGCAUCGGGUAUAGAACGCGUGGUGUGCAGCGCUCUAUAGAAGGGAGGGUGGCAAGUUAAUUGUUAUUAUGCAGUUGCCUGUCAUAUAGAGAAGAAGCCGUUUGCUUUGUUUAAAUUCUUCUUCGGAUGUGUACAUACAUUAGGGUGCUAUGGCCAUGCCUUAUAGUCAAUCAGGUAGCAUACUCGUAGGGUGUUCUCAUUCUCCUGUAUAGAAAUCAAGGUCGACGACACUAUACACAUUUGUACAUACAUUAGUUUUUUUUUUCUGUCUUCAGCGAGGUUAUACUAACCAUAGUCACCACUUCACUCGUUUCAGCUGCAUUAAGUGCAGUCGUCGCGGCGUCCGCAUCGUCGUCGUGAUCAUGCGUGGUUUCACCGCUUCACUGUCGUCUCCACCGUCUCUCGUACCCUCCGUGAAGUCACUUCUAGGGAGGCGACUUUCUGUCGCCCAUCACUAAGCGUUCACUCUCCUCCAUUUCAGUCGUUACUACCCCAUUUUCAUAUUUGCAUUGUUUCUGUUGUUUUUGUUGUUGUUUUCGUGUUUCUCUGCGACACGGGCAGCCUGUUCCCACCAGAGCGGCAGCGCCGUUACCGGGCAAACACGUGACCCUCCUCAACGAUUGAGUAAUGUUCACAUAGUACAAACUCUGCUCAAGUCAAAUGCGUUUCGUUGACGAGGCUCCAUCUGUCCGUCUCCGUGCAGAUGCCAGAGCCCCGAAUACAGCUCGCUUUCGUAUGGGACACGCCGUGAACCGUACCAUAUAACGUAACUAUGCUAUCGCACCAGUGAAAUGCAUUCUUGGUGUACACACAUACACAACCUCGCUUCGGGCGCAAUUUUAGGUGACGCAGAAACGCAGGUUAUUGCACCGUCUCGGAUGGAAGACAGCAGCGGGUUGAUGUCCUCUGCAAAGGCCGGACGUCUUUGGUUUCGACCGAAAUGCACUUUCCCUAUAGCAUGUACAGAUCCCGUACGAGCAAUAUGACGCGUCCUCCCAGUCUACGAAACCAUAUCGACGACGUGCUUGAUAAAAA